ACAAGUGGCCCGAUAAACAAACCAAAGCGAGCAAACCCUGAAAAAAAAAAACACACACACUUACACACACACUGCUCCAACUAUUAUAACGGCUUGAUAUAAUCAUAAGAAAUGGCGUUCGCUUCAUCUUCAAACACAUCAAUUUCACUCUACCCACACUUCAAACACAGACUAAUCCCAAUUAUACCCCCACUCUCACUCUCAAUUCACAAUCCAAACCCUAGAAAACCAGUAUCUUCUCUCCGAUUCACCUGCCGCGCCGCUAAGCAGAGCACUAAUCCCGUCAAUAAGAAGCGCAAAAAGAAGCCUAAUCCUGAUUAUAACAAUAAUAAGGCUAGUGGUAAUGGUAAUUAUAAGAAUAAGAAGAAUAGUGAUGUGUAUAGAGGCUUUGGAGCUAGUGAUUUUGUUGUCGAACACGGAGAUGUGGAUGAUGAGGAGGAGGAUGAGGGAGAGGCUUAUCAGUCGAUGCCGAAGCCGCCGGCUGGAUUUGUGGUGGAUGAGCAAGGGAAAGUGCUCAUGGUUUCGAAUAAGCGAAUUGUCACCAUUGUCGAUUCCACCAAUAAUUUCCCACUAGAUUGUGUAGUCAGAAGAGUGUUUAGAAGCUCCAGAGGGGAUGACUGUUUGCUUCUUUGCCCAGUUGAUAUGCCUGUUCAGAUAAUGAAGAGUACAAAUUUUGAGGGAUGGUCAGCUGUCAGUGAUGAAGAAGUCGAAGCUCUCCUUCCCACGGCAGCCUAUGCACUUGCCAAGAUACACAUGCACCUGAUACACAGUGGGUUUUGCUAUACGGCUAGAGGAGGAUUCUGUUACGCAGAGGAUAACAUAUUUGAAUUUGGCACAGAUGAUGGUGAAGAUGUAGAUGGUUUGCCUAAUGAAGGCGUUGAAAUUACUUUCUUUCAUCUGGAUGGUUCUCAUUACAUGAUUUAUACACCAUCUGAUCCACUACUUUUUGUUGCCACAAAGGAUCAAGAUGGGCGCCUGCAAAUUGCUGAUGAUGAGCUUUUGGAGGACCCUGCUACAAUAAGUGCCAUAGACGAGGAAACUGAAUUUAAUGCCCUGGUCGAAGAAGAGGCUGCCCUGCUGGAGUCAUUGUUCGGGGAAAGAUAACAACCCUGCUUGUAAAGAGUCAAAAUGGCCGAAUUGUUACCAAGCCGGCCAUGAAGCAUCACCAGUAAUAGGUUUAGGCAUUCAGUUGUAUGUUGUACAUAAAUGACUUUCGUAGUGUUUUGAACUUUUGAUGUAGGGGAGGAGACGCUCUGAAAUUCCAAUGCUUUGCGUUAUGAUCGCAAGUCAACCGUAAUGUGUUCAAAUAAUACGUAUAUCAAUACCAAUAGUAGGCUUGUUGGGUUA